UGCUGAGGCCGGAUGUGGUGGCGGCGCUGGAGGCUCUGCAGCUGCCCAUGGAGGAGGUACGGCAGUCGCUGCAACGGGAGGUGGCGGCGGCGGUGGAGGCAGCAAGAGCGGCAGCAGCAGCAGCUGCCACUGACUCUACUGCUACUGCAGCUGGUAGCAUCCUUCCCUUGACGGACUCAGCUGCAAUCUCCUCGGCUGUAGCAGGCUGUAGCAUCGACGCAGCGGGCGUUAGCAUGGUGGCUGACGCGGCGGGUGCUGCUACAGCUGCUGCUGCUGCCGUACUUCCGGAUGAGGAGCGCGUGUCGUACUUUGCCGUAUCCGGAUUUGACGAGGAGGCCCUCCGUGCGGCUGCUUGGGCUGUGCUGCCGGCGGAGCUGCAUGGGCGGCUGCGGCGGGGGGAGAUGCAUGUGACACUGUGGCACAGGAACGACCCCUCGCUGGGUCCCCGCACCGACCUGCGGCGGGCGCUGCUAGGGCUGCUGGGCAGUCGGGUGGAGCUGGG